AUGUCUGACCCCGGCGCUGGUUCCCCCGCGCCUGCGCCUGCGCCCGCGCCCGCGCCGCCCGCGGCCUCGGCGACGACCACGGGCCCCUCGCCUCUCCGCUCGGCCCUCAAAGGCGACGACGACGCCACUAGGACGCCGCCUGGAAGCUGUACUCUCAAAGCCGUCCAGAUUGCCGAGCCCGUCGCGGAACCGCAGCUUGAUGACGAGCCGGCGUGUCUUAAGCAAUUUCGCGCAGGCCCGACGCGCAGAUUGAGUGGCAAGGCUGCCCCGUGCACGUCCUCGCGAUCCUCCCUCAACGACGGCUCUCCAGCGGUGCAUGCUGCAGACGAAGCAGCCCAUCCCGCCCACCAGCAGCACCACCAGCAUCAUGCCAACAGCCAGUAUUACAGCGAAAAGUUGCUGGCCCAAGUCGGAGAAUGGCUGGAGCGUGAGAAGACCAAGGCGGCCAGCCGCAAACUGAAGCCUCGCCGGCACAAGUCCAAGUCGCCGCCGACUGCUGAGCGGGCAUCUGCGUCUCAACCCUUGCCGGCACGCCAGCGGGCGGACUCAAUCGACUCGCAGUCCAGCGACGUCUCGCUGGAGAAGCUGGAGAACAUCUUGGAGGAUUCGAUGCUGCGUCUCGGCCUGAGCUCCAUGCCCAAAUACACCCCCAAAGUGUCCCGCCCCAGGCGCCGAGCAACGUCUCGGGCUUCUCUGCAGCGGGCUGCAUCUUCUGACACCGACUAUGUCGAUGGUGACGCAAUCGUGCCCGACUGCGACGUCUGGCUCGACAACUCCAAGACUCUGAGUUACACAGGCGGGGCUGCCAGCACCGACGACCUGGCCGACAAGGCGGACAAGGAGCGCGAGUGCUGGCUGAGCUUCAAAAACGAAAUCAUUCGCAUCGCUCACACCCUGAGGCUCAAGGGCUGGAGGCGAGUGCCGCUGGGCGGUGGUGACACCAUCACGGUCGAGCGCCUGAGCGGCGCAUUGACCAACGCCGUGUACGUUGUCACCCCGCCGUCCGACAUGCCGGAACUCGACGGCAAGAAAGGCCCGCCCAAGGUUCUUCUCCGAGUGUACGGACCCCAGGUAGAGCAUCUCAUCGACCGUGAGAAUGAGCUCAAGGUUUUGCAGCGGCUGGCUCGUAAGAAGAUCGGCCCUCGUCUGCUUGGCACCUUCAAAAACGGCCGCUUCGAGCAGUUCUUCAACGCCAUAACGCUCCAGCGUAUGGACCUGCGCGACGCAGAGACUUCGCGACAGAUUGCCAAGCGAAUGCGAGAGUUGCAUGAAGGCAUCGACUUGCUUCCUACUGAGCGCGAGAUUGGCUCCACAACACUGAAGAGCUGGGACCAGUGGCAGGACAAUGUCACCAAGAUCAUCACCUUCCUUGACCAGCAGUUUGAGAAUCAAACCGGCUCCGAACGUAUGGACUCUGUCGUGCACGCCUGGAAGGCCAAUGGCUAUGUCUGCGGUGUGCCGUGGCCGUUCUUCAGGGAUACCGUGCUCAAGUACAGGGCGCACUUGAAGGCGGCGUACAAGGAUGAGAAGACCAUCAAGGAUCGCCUAGUUUUCGCACACAACGAUACCCAAUACGGAAACAUUCUUCGCAUUCGCCCCGAUGAUGAGAAAUCACCCCUGCUGCAGGCCGCCAACAAGCACAAGCAACUCAUCGUCAUUGACUUUGAAUACGCAGGUGCCAAUACCCCUGGCCUCGAGUUUGCCAACCACUUUACCGAGUGGACGUACAACUACCACGAUGCCGCCACGUCUCACGCCUGCAACCACAUCAUGUACCCGACUGUGGAGGAGCAGAAGCGCUUCAUCAAAGCCUACGUGGACCAUCGCCCACAGUUCCCCAACGCCAGCUUGACUCCGCGCAUUCGCCCAGCCGAUAGCACGAGCUCGGCCCCGGCAGCGACGGGCCCUGUGAGCACGCCGCCUCUCGUCCCCACGACGUCGUCGAGCUCCAUCAUCGACUUCAUGCUCGAUGCUCGCGCACCCCCGGGAGGUUGGAGUGCGGCCGAGCGCGAAUGCGAGGAGCAGACGGAGAAGAAGGUCAAGGAGCUCAUGGAAGAGACGCGACUCUGGCGACCCGCUAACAGCGCGUUCUGGAUCGCGUGGGGUAUCGUCCAGGCCGAUGUCCCUGGACUCGACGCCAACAAUGACCCCGUGUCGGCAGAGGCGGCGCUCGCGGCCGAGGAAGCCAUUGCCGCGGACGAGUUCGACUACCUGAGCUACGCGCAAGACCGCGCCCUCUUCUUCUGGGGCGACGUGUUGCAGAUGGGACUCGUCAAGGAGGAUGAGCUGCCCGAGAGCCUGCGCGCCAGGCUCAAGCUGGUGCCGCGAUGA